AUGCCAUUGCGAAAGUGGGCAUCCAACUCACCAGAGAUCACCAGCAAAAUCCCGAUGGAACAUCGCGACACAACUGUACAGAUUGGUGAGAAGCAGGCCAUCAAGUUGCUCGGCCUGGCUUGGUGCCCUACAGAGGAUACGUUCCGGCUCGUAGUCCAAGAUGAGUUCUACGAGCCUUUGGGUUCAUUGGAGAAACGACGUUUAGCAUCCAAAGUUGGCAAGCUGUAUGAUCCUAUCGGGAUCCUCCAACCAGUGAUAGUCACCGGAAAGAUUCUGCUACAAGACCUCUGGCGAGAUGGCUUCGGAUGGGAUGAAGCCGCAUCUCCUCGCAUGAUCGAAAGCUGGAACGGAUUCGCCAGCCACCUGCCGCUUCUCAGACAGCUCCCAAUCCCAAGGAUGGCGCUGCCCAGCGAACCUCAGGACGCGAUCAUGUACGGCUUCAGCGACGCUUCUACGAAGGCUUUUGGAUGCGCCAUUUACCUUCGCUUUCUGGACGGUGAAGGAAACCCGCAAUCUCGGUUGCUGUGCUCCAGGUCGCGACUGGCACCCAUCGAAGAGGUGACUUUGCCGCGACUCGAACUGCAAGGAGCUCUGCUCCUAGCUCGCCUUUAUGCCAAAAUAAAGGACGCCUUUGGCACCCGGAUAAGCCAAACCCGUUGGUGGACUGACUCUCAGGUGGUACUGGCUUGGAUACGUUCCGAUAACACCAAGUGGGGAGUCUACGUUAAGAACCGGGUGGAGAAAAUUCACGCUGCCACGAAUCGUCUGGAUUGGAGCUACGUGCCGACGAAACUCAACCCAGCAGACCUCGUGUCCAGAGGACUUCCUGCCAACAAGCUCAUAAACAGCGAGACUGCGAGUUUUUGGCUGAACGGACCGAGUUUCAUAGUCAAUGAUGAAAGGCCAGUUAUGCCUCAACUAAACUACGUGACUGCGUUGGAGGAAGCUGUCGACGCUCCUCUAUUGUUGACGGCCAUGGUGGGGAACGAUUGUGAUGACUUAUUAUCCCAGUACAAGCACCACAACUCGUUCAUCAUGACAAGACGACAUUUCGCGUGGCUCGGUAGAGCAAUCUUCAACUUACGCGCACCCAAAUCCUCCGUGGAGAAAAAAUCAGGACCCCUUCAACUCGACGAAUUGGAGUACGGACUCCAACUGAUAGUACGGGUGAUGCAAGCUACGUGCUUUCCCAAUGAGGUCAAGGAGAUGCAAGACUCCGGGUCAGUCGCUCCCAAGGGUUCGAUGCAGCAUCUCGACCCGAUAGUAAGGGAUAAGAUCAUCUGUGUGCGGGGACGACUAGGAAACUCAGAUCUGGCUGACGACGCCAAGGCACCUUUCCUAGUACCAAAGUCGCAUCCCUUCUCCCGUGUAAUCAUCCGCCAUUUGCACGAGCACAACUUCCAUGCGGGAACUGAGCUGAUCAUGGCCGAAUUCCGUGCGAGAUUCUGGAUGCGAGACCUGCGGAGAACAGUCGUCGGGGUAACCUCGAGAUGCGUAAUUUGUGCCCGAGCGCGCCCAAGACAAUAUUCCCAGCAGAUGGGACAGCUGCCGUCUGCUCGCGUCAACGUGUCUCCCGCCUUCACCCACACUGGCGUGGACUUGUGUGGCCCCUUCGAAGUCGUUUCAAGUGCUCGAUCAGGCAAGCGUAGAACGGUCUACGUUUGUAUCUUCGUGUGCUUCACCACUAAAGCCACGCAUUUGGAGGUAGUGGAGGAUCAGUCUACCUCGGCGUUCAUCUCAGCUUUACUACGAUUCGUGUCCCUACGUGGAAGACCUGACACGAUCUACUCCGACAACGGCCGCAACUUCGUGGGAGCGGCCAGAGAAUUGAGCCUGCUUCGCAAGACUCACAACAAUCGGGAAUUCCAGGACGAAGUGGUAAGCUUGGCAGCGGACAACGGAAUUCGCUUCUCGUUUAUUCCCCCCAGGAGCCCAAACUUCGGAGGCCUUUGGGAGGCCAACAUCAAGGUGGCGAAACGGUUGUUCAAGGCCGCCGCAAAGGGAGCCCAGCUGAACUUGGUAAAGCUACAGACGCUACUCUACCAAAUUUCGGCCUUUCUCAACUCCAGGCCGCUCACCGCAAUCCACGCCAGUCCGGAAUCGGUAGAGGCGCUCACCCCUGCGCACUUCCUCAUCGGACGAGCUUCGUUCACCACUCCUGCCCCGCUUGGAGACGAUGACACGGCCGGUGUCAAAACUCGUUGGAAGCGAGUCCAGAAACUCGCUCAACAAUUCUGGUCCCGUUGGCGAAUUGAGUACCUUGCUCAGCUACGUUGUAGUGCGAAGUGGACGAAACGCACUACAAACUUGCAGACGGGCCAGAUCGUACUAGUCGGUGAUGACAACCUACCCGUUGGACGAUGGCCCAUGGGCCUGGUCGUCAAAACCUACGUGGGACCCGACGGCGUCGUACGUGUCGCUGACAUACGAACAAGCAGCGGCAUCUACAAGCGCAACGUGAGGCUGUUGGCCCCCUCCCGGUUGAGGCCGCUGAAACGGAACUAUCCAAGGAGCAUUCGGACGCACCUGACUCUUCCGUACCCGACGCAGCGCCAAAUGAACAACUUGAGGGAGCAGCAGCGCAGUGUCCUCCUGACUCGACUCCUGGCUACGUGCCGCCGAUGA